AUGACAGCCGUUCUUCCUGGACGUCCUAAUUGCCGGCGUCAGGCUCUCGCGACUGGCUGCUGGAAGCAGCAACAUUUCACCGCCUACAUCACAGGAAAUGCCUUUACCAUCCUAAGCGGGCCGCAGAACCUUGUCCAGACUAUUUACGAAAAUGGAGACCAUCCGCUAGAAUCCAUCGCCCUGGACGAGACCUCGGGCCUCAUAGCCGUAUCCACACGAAGUUCUGUACAACUUUACCGGCCCUGUGCUCGUACUUCCAAUGGGUCUCACAAGUGGAUUCCCAGCUCGACGAUCACCCUUAGUGGGGCGCUUCCUUGCCCUAUCUCUCCUUCCCUCUCCUGGGGCGCAUCCAGCGAUCUUCUCGUCGGAACACAUGAGCUGGUGCUAUACUCGGUACGAGGCGAGCCGAGCCGCGUGUGGGUGGCAUCUCUCCCUGGCCCCGUCUCUGUUGCCUCCCUAUCCUACGACUCGACCUACAUUGCCUCCACCGGCUACGGCGACUGCAUUGUCCAAAUCUGGCGACGAUUAGCCUUUGGUUCCGAAGAGACACAUUUCGACCUUUCCUACCUUAUCCAUCCCACCGAGGUUACGGCAGCCCAGUGGCGCAAGCCGUUUCAUCCUGAACAGACCAUCGAAAAUGUACUGUAUACCUUCUGCGCCGAUGGUAUCAUCCGAGUCUGGGCUGGAGCAGACAGCCAGGCCAGUUCCCAGUUGCAUUUGUGCGGCAAGAUAGACAUCGCAUCCUCUAUACAAGAAAGCCCGAAGAGCUCCCGCGUGAUCCGCUGGGCCGGAAUUAUAGACGGAAGGGACUUUUCUUUGGCAGUUGAGAAGGCUGUCCAACUUCAAGGAGAAGACGGGGAAAAACAAAGCCAACCGAUAGAUCACAUCAUAUCGAUCGCCACGAAGAACCCCGAGAUCUGUCUCAUCUUUAAUGGCUCAGGAAUAAUGUCUGCUUGGGCUCUUGAAUACCUUACUCCAGGCGUACAGAAGCAUCCAUCCACCGCGAUAUUUAAUAUCGCAUACGUCAACUCGAGGGAAUUCUCAUUCCCUAAUCUCAGCUUGGGCGCGUCCAGCUCGGACAGUCAUGUGCAAAUGCAUAGCUACUGUGACAGAUCAACUGGCCAGCUAGUCCUACUUUUCCAAAGUCUUGAUGGCAGGAUUGAGGUUUACAAUGCCAGUGUAGUUGAUCUAUUCAGUCCCUCAACAAACCAGCAGCGAUUGUCUCUCUCAGCAGUUUGGUCUGGCCACUCCGCCCCCAUAACCAAAAUGGUUCGAAACUAUAGCGGAAGCGCCGUUGUCUCGAGGACCGCUGGCGGCGAGAGUUUUGUGUGGAAGCAAGAUGCUGGUCGAGCCGGCCCUCACCACUUUAGUCUCCAAGGUACUAUACCUGGGGAGGGCCAUAUUCACCGCAUAUCCGUUCUGAGAAAGGGUCGGUUUGUCAUCUUUCUUCGUCACAAAACCAUAUCUCUCUGGGAUUGUCGGCAACAGACAGCCGAGCUUCUUGACAGCCAGGAGUAUACCAUUUCUGGUAAGCCUUUAUGCCUCUUGAUUCUUCCCCGGCAGCGAGUCGAGGAGAACUUGGUGGCCCAUAUCGCCACGGUGACUUCCGAACAAAAAGGACUGGUCUGGGAGGUUCAGCUUCCACAAUAUUCCUCAUCACCAAGGUCCGAUUCUCAGGCGGCCCGGGUACCCGGCGAUGAACGUGAUGGGAGAGCUCAAUCACCGCUGGGUUCGGUGCGCGAGUUUUGUAGAUUUGACCUGCAUGGUGCAGACGGCCUUGCGUAUGUGCUGCCCGUGGACCCUGCGGGCUCAACCCCGGUCGUCACAGGCUUCCUGGACGUGUUUGCGCGGGAUGUGGCCAUCUCGUAUACAAACUCGGGCAGGGUUGACUUCUGGACGGCAAGGGUUGACAUCAAGAAUAAUAGUGUCGGGUGGCUUUCUACAUCCUCGACAGAGACGGGAAUACCAAACCCCGCCCGAGUGAGCGGCAGCACGCUGAAAAAGGCCGCCUUGGUCAACGAAACCCGGUCUCAGUUCACCAUAUGGGACAUUGGCGGCUAUCGUUUAGAAUAUUCGCAAGACUUCAAAACUGAAAACGUAAUCAAAGACCUUGAUUGGACGUCAACGCCGGACUCCCAGUCGAUCCUUGCUGUCGGCUACCAAUCUCGAGUCGUACUUAUCUCUCAGAUGCGGUUUGACUACCUCAACAAGGGCCCUGCGUGGGCGCCGAUACGGGAGAUCUCUAUACAAGAUUUGACACCCCAUCCUAUUGGAGAUUCAACCUGGCUCGGUGAUGGUCACCUUGUUGUCGGCGCCGGGAAUCAGAUUUUCACAUUCAGUAGGCGCUAUGAUAUGACCACGUCACUCAUCCCGAAACUUAAGUUGCCUCAAGGAAAGGAUGGCACUUGGGACAUGUUUGAGACCGUCCAAAGACUGAACGGACCGUUGCCUGUGUUUCAUCCUCAGUUUUUAAGCCAGUGCAUCUUGUCGGGGAAGUUUACACUUGUGCAAGAUAUACUUGCUUCCUUGCACAAUGCGAUGAAAUACCUUGUUGAGGGCGAGUUUCUUGACAGCUACCUUGAUCUCGAUCUAGCGAAAUUUUAUGGUGCGGCCCAGGACGAAGAAAGCCAGAAACAGGGCGGUUUUGGCAGCUACCUAGGAUCUGGCCGACCAAUGCAAGACUCCGAGGAAUCAUUUUCAGAGGAAACAUCUCAGUCCCUUAAAGAUCAAUUAACGCGAGUCAACGUUGCUCAGUUAUCCGGCCAGGAACAAAUUCAACUCGCAGAUAUCGUAGAAUGUCUAGGAAUGGUCGAAAAGCAUCGCAGGUCUCUCGACGAGAACGGUGCCCGCUUCUUGCUUUUCUUCCGUCAGGCAAUGCUUCGACGUGGCCGUGUCAACGACAUGGCAAUAUCCUGGCGAGAUAUCAACUGGGCGUUUCACUCCAAUAGCCAGGAUAUUCUUGUUGAUUUUGUAUCAAGGCAAUAUCAAGGGGCUCUUCAUUGGGAACACGCAAGGGAAAGCGGCAUGUUUUCAUGGCUGUCAGACGCCAACGCCAUGCGGACUCAAUUUGAGCGGAUCGCACGGAGCGAAUACUCGAAGGGAGAUGCCAAGAAUCCAGUCAACUGUAGUCUAUUUUACCUGGCAUUGAGACAGAAGGGCGUCCUGCGUACCCUGUGGCGGAUCGCAACCUGGCACCCAGAACAACGCGCUACUUAUAAACUCCUAUCAAACGACUUUGAGGAUCCAAAAUGGAAAAUGGUUGCGCUCAAGAAUGCGUACGCCUUGAUGAGCAGACGUCGAUUUGAAUACGCCGCGGCAUUUUUCCUCCUCGGCGAUAGUUUGCAAGAUGCGGUCAAUGUGUGUGUCGAACAACUAGACGAUAUUCAGCUAGCUAUUGCAAUAGCGCGGUUGUAUGAAGGGGAUGAUGGGUUAAUAUUCAGAAGGCUAUUGGAGGAGGAAGUCCUGACCCAUGCUGCUCGGGAAGGCGACCGGUGGCUCGCUUCAUGGGCAUUCUGGAUUCUCGGUAGGAGGGACAUGGCUGUGAGGGCCCUGAUAACUCCAGUUUAUCAUCUUUUGGACACGCCUCGAACACCUGACAUCAAAUCACAAAUCUUCCUCACGGAUGACCCAGCGCUUGUGGUUCUCUACGCUCAGCUGCGACAGCAAACACUACAAACUCUACGGGGAGCUUCCAAGGUCACCCCAGAGGCCGAGUGGCAGUUCGUUCUCCAUAGUGCCAAGAUAUAUGACCGCAUGGGCUGUGACCUUUUGGGCUUGGAUCUUGUCCGCAACUGGGAGUUCCCGCGCCAUCCCGUCGGCGGACUGCCCGAGGUUCAUGGUGAUAUUGCGAAUCCCCUCGCACUCCUCAAGAGACGAAGCUCCGUAGUCAUCGCAGACCUGCCCUUCAGGAGACUCCAUGGGGAGAAGGGACCGCCAGAGGGCGAAAAUGGCGGCACCCGAGCUACGAGUUUGGUUCAACCAACACAAAGACAAGAGCCGGAUAUGAACUCGUUUUUCGACUCAUUCGGCCUGUAA